CUAUCCUCUAGUGGGACAGAAACAGUUAGUCUAAGACGCAUAAAUAAAUAAAAAUUUUAAGCGGUCGUCAAAUCUUAAUUUAAACAAUCGGAGUUAAAUUUAUUUUAUAAAAUGGAUACACACAGUCCUGAAUAUUCAAGAAUACUACAUAAUCUCAUUUUAAAAUUUAUUUCAAUACUUAAAGAUUAUGUUAAUGUUACUAGUGUGGAAAAAAGUAAAGUAUUUUUUGAAGUGAUUAAAAGAAGUUUCAGUAUUUCUCAAGGAAUUAAAUUGAUUGCUCUUAAUGCUCUUACAAAUGAAACUGCAGAUAAAACUAUUUCUGACAGCAUUACUAGUCGUAAAGUCAAAGAUUUGUUAGAUAUUUAUUUACAACAAGAUUUAAUGGAGUGCGCUGUGAAUUCUGGGAACAUGAUUUGGAAGAAUGUCUCUGAUGAUGAAUUAUAUGAAUCACUUUAUGUGAAUUCCAUUAGUGACAAGAAUACCAUGGCAUCAACUGUAACAAAAUUACGUCCUACAAUGUCUAUGGGAGAUCUUCAAUCAUAUUAUUCAGCAAAUUUAUAUUUUACCUCCUCAAAAACUACUCCAGAUUUAGAUUGCCUUAUACUGUCUUCACAAUUUGACCAGUGUAAAAUUCAAUUUGAAGAAGAUCUGUCUCGACUGAAGUCAACUUUACGAAAUGGGUCACCCUCUUUGGAUUUCAAGAGCAAUGAUGGAUGUUCUAAAUCAAGCUGCGAUUUGGUUGGCGAUUCUCGAAGUACUUUUAGUAAUGAAUCUCAUGAGCUUGAUGGUGUUCAACCAACUUAUAACUUUACAAAUUGGUUAAUGUUUGCCAAUUCUCAAUCAUCUGAUAAUGACCUUCAUCAAAGACUGUUUAGAGACUCUUGGGAAGGAAAAAUGAAGCAGUUUAUCCCUUGUCAUUUAUAUACAUCAGAAUUAAAUUCGAGAGAAGCUCUAUUGAAUGUGACUGAUGAAGAUUCUCCAUUGUUUCGUUGCAUAUAUGAUACAUCUUCUUUAUCAGAAGAUGCUUUGAAGCACGAUGUUCUUGAUUUGCUCAUUGGAAUUCCAUCAGAUACUUUUGUAUAUGACAAUAACAAAAGAAUGUUCCUUGUCAACUCUCAUAUUCAUAUGGAUAAGUUAUCCCAUGAAAGUUCUUUAAGAUUUCUUGAAACGUUUGUUGAUGCAGGGAAUAUGUUUCAUAAGCUGCAGUUAUUUUCAAAGGAGCUAUCUUACUAUGAAGAUGGCUUGGUUUUAAGAGGUUUGAAGUUAGGUAUUCAGCAAGUACUAAACCUAUAUACAGAAUACAUAAUGGGUGUGAAGGUAAAAAAGCCUAGUUUGCAGUUUUUAAGAACAGAUGUUUUAGAAGCUGCUCAGUCUUUGAACAUCUUAGGUUCUGUCUGCAAAAUAGAAAUUGAGAAUAAUAAUCCUGGCGAACUACCUAAGGGCUUGGGUUUGCUCUCCUAUUUAAAGGAAUCUCUGUGGUCAUUUAGAAGGAAAGAAAACGUAGUUAUGAUUGGAGUCAUUUUGAAAUAUGUGUAUACUCCUUAUUUCAAAUUUCUUGAGAAAUGGAUGGAUGAAGGUAUUUGUUAUGAUCCAUAUGGCGAAUUUCAAAUUCUUGAAGACUUUAAAUAUUUAGAUAGGGAAGAUGAGCUAUAUUGGAAGUUUGCUUAUACUGAAAAUUCUGAAGAUCCAAUGAGAGUUGUGCCAAAUGAAAUAAAACUUUACGCUGCUGAUAUUCUAAAAUGCGGCAAAAAUAUGAGACUUUUAAAAAUUUGUUGUUCAUCGAAUUAUAGUUUGGAAUAUAUGCUAAACCAUCCUCCUCCAUCACUUUCGGUAUUAUUCUCUGAUUGUGCCGCAAGGAUCAAAGAAGAAAUGUGUAUUGAAUACAUUAAAAGAAAGGAAGAAGAUGAAUUAGAGUACUUUGUAAAAAAGAAACUCUCUGAUGAUUACGUAUUAGUACAAAAUCAAAGUUACAUUAGUCAAAGAGAAGUUUUCAUUCUUAACAAAGUGUGGUGUAAUCGGUUUCUUUCUCAUUCUCUGAUGCAAUUGGAUUGCAGCAGUGUUAAAAAUGUUCACAUUAAUGAAAGGUUCAAGUCUUGGGAAAAUUUAGCUUACCUUCAUAACACUCACACCGAAAUUAUUUUUGAUGGUGUUGGAAUAUUAUUUACAACUUGCAUUUUUAAUAAAGGUAGUACACUGAGUGAUGAACCUAUGCUGCCAAAAGAUGAAAAUGAUAUUAAGCCGUUAUUGUUGGAUAAAAAAAUCAAUUGUGAUCAAAUCUCAAAAAGCAGCAAUGCUGCUAUCCAUUUUCAGCAAAGUCAAGUAUCAAAUAAUGUUUCAAAUAGCACCAUGUCAAAGUCUUUGAUAAAAUUUCCACCUCCAGUUCCAGAUGAUAUUUUGCCUGGGACAUUUAUGAAUAGUUUAGCAUCAUUAUUAAUCAGUGAUUGCUGUGAUCGAAAAGAAGACAUAUAUUCUUGUCUACAAUUAUCAUCUUUACAAAGUAUCAUGACUUACAACUUUAAAGCUGGAUUUGAUAUGAGAAUGCAUAUUGUUAAAAAAGCAGUUAAGGACUAUUUUAUGAAUCAACUCAAGCUUGAAGAUUUGCUGAUUGGACUUAAAAACACAUACUUGUUGUUGGAUGAAUCAUUUAGUCAAUUGUUGUGUGAGAAACUAUUUCCCUGGACUUUAAUGUGCCAAAAUACUCAGCAGUUUGCAAACUGGAGCAUAUUGAACGAAAUAUUCUGUAAUUCUUUAACUGAAAGUAACUGUGCUAGUUCUUCUUUACUUUCAACUGGGACAGUGAUUUUUGUUGAUCUGCCUGAAAAUGAUAUACUGGAAAGAAAUGAGUUUUUGCAUUUCUUCCAGUUUGAAUUUCAGAUUAGCUGGCCUAUGAAUAUAAUUGUACAUAAAUCCUGCAUUACGCAAUACAGAAAUAUUAAUUCAUUUUUACUUGAAUUGGAUUUUCUCUCAUGGUUGCUUGGAAAUACAUGGGAAUCAUUAAUGUUAGGGGCAAAAUCUUCAAACAUUCAAGAUUCUUCACAAUACAGAGCUAUCAUGCUACAAAGAUUUGACAUGCAUCAGUUCAUUUGUGUCUUGCGAAACUGUAUACGCCAUGAUUUGCAAGGACCUGUGUGGGAAUUUCUGUUGAAAAGUCUGAGUACUGAAGAAUUAAGUAUAGAUGCUUUAGAAAACAUUCACAUUCAAUAUUUAAAGAGUGUAUCAACUAGGUGUUUUCUAACAAAGGAAACAGAAAUUCUUCACGAAAUGGUGAAAGUCAUGUUACGUAUAAUCUAUAAAUUCUGCGUUUGGUCUCUUAAUUGUGAUUGGGAAAUUAACAACCUCACCAAACAAUAUGAGACUGCUGAAUUCAGUGAUUUAACUUCAAUGACUGAAACCUAUAAAAAAUAUGAAGGAGCAUUUUUCGAACGUCUGAUAAAAAUGACAGUGACUCGUAAAUAUGGAGUAACGAAUGAUGAUGGAUUCAAAAGGUUUCUUGAAAUAAUUUUAGAAAGUCGAAGGAAAUGUUUAUGAGUUAAGUAGUGGAAGCAGAUUGCGAUUUUAAUUAUAACAUUUGCAACUUUCUCUUCAAGUGAAGGGUUAUACUUGCUGAAUUUUCAAUUCUUGUAGAUAUUUGUACAGAAAUAAAGCAUUAUAUUACUAUUUUGAA